GAAAGAAGGUGCUCAGAAAAAGGCUGCUGAUCAAAAAACCAAAGUGCCAGAACCUACUAAGACCUGUUCAAGCCAGCCCCAACCUACCGGUACCAGUACCAGUACUUCCACCAGCACUAUCUCCAGCAGCAGCAAUGGCAAACGUGCAUCCACCAGUGGCCAGCAGCCAGCUGCAUCCCGUUACCUGCCUCGAGAGGUGCCACCACGCUUCCGCCAGCAAGAACAGAAGCAGCUGUUAAAGAGAGGCCAGCCGCUGCCCACGGGGACUCUGACCAGUGUGAGCCCAGCACAGAGUGCUGGACCUGCAGGGGCAAGCCCUCCUUCCCUUCCUGGACCUGGGCUACAGCAUCCCAACAAGCUCCAACCAGAUCUUGGACUGGCAGAGCAUUAUGAUAAUUCUCACUGGGGACAGCAGCCCUCUUACAGAAGUGAAGCCAACUGCAGCUGGGAUAAAGUGAUAAUAGACAGGACUGACCAGGAGGCGUGGCCAUCCAUCCCAGGAACAGAGACCGAAUCUGCCUCAGAAUGUCCUGCAGACACUGACUCUGCCUCCAACUGUGGCUCAGAGAACAGUAGCAUGGCUACAGGGAGUGCCCAGGGCAACUUCACGGGACAUACCAAGAAGACGAAUGGCAAUAAUGGCACCAACGGCGCGCUCAUCCAAAGCCCUUCUAAUCAGAGUGCCCUUGGGGCAGUGGGAGCAAACGGGAAUGGAGCAGCAGCCAGAGCGUGGGGUGUAGCCACGGGCUCCAGCUCUGGCCUGGCUCACUGCUCUGUUGGUGGUGGGGAUGGAAAAAUGGACAGCAUGACUGGAGAUGGGAGAAGUCAGAACUGCUGGGGUACCUCCACCUCCAAUACUGGCAUUAAUCUUAACCUUAAUCCUAAUGCCAACCCAGCUGCCUGGCCUGUACUUGGGCAUGAAGGAACUGUGGCAACAGGCAACCCUUCCAGUAUUUGCAGUCCAGUCAGUGCCAUAGGUCAGAAUAUGGGCAGCCAGAACGGGAAUCCAGCAGGCACUCUGGGUGCCUGGGGAAACUUGCUGCCACAAGAGAGCACAGAGCCACAAACGUCCACUGCUCAGAAUGUGUCUUUCAGUGUGCAACCUCAGAACCUUAACACUGAUGGACCAAACAACACUAACCCCAUGAACUCUUCACCAAACCCUAUCAAUGCAAUGCAGACGAAUGGACUGCCAAACUGGGGCAUGGCUGUGGGGAUGGGGACCAUCAUCCCACCCCACCUGCAAGGCCUUCCUGGUGCUAACGGAUCAUCAGUCUCUCAAAGCAGUGAGGGUGGUGGGGAAGGAAUAAGCAGUUCUGUGUGGGGACUGUCCCCCAGUAACCCCACAGGAAACAGCAGUUCUGGGUUCAGUCAGGGGAAUGGAGACACUGUGAACUCAGCAUUAAGUGCUAAACAAAAUGGAUCCAGCAGUGCUGUGCAAAAGGAAGGAAGUGGGGGGAAUGCAUGGGACUCAGGGCCUCCUGCGGGUCCUGGGAUCCUCACCUGGGGAAGGGGCAGUGGCAGCAAUAGUGUUGGUAAUAUCCAUUCAGGAGCCUGGGGUCACUCCAGCCGGAGCUCUUCUAAUGGUGUGAAUGGGGAGUGGGGAAAGCCCCCAAACCAGCAUUCCAAUAGCAACGUCAGUGGGAAAGGAUCCACAGGGUGGGAUAGCCCAAGUGCUGCCAGCCAGACUCCUGCCUUGCAGCCAGUCAGUGAACACAUGAACUCAUGGGCCAAAGCUGCGUCUUCCGGAACUACAGCAAGUGAAGGAAGUAGUGAUGGAUCUGGCAAUCACAAUGAAGGAGGCACUGGGAGGGAAGGAGCAGGAGAGGGCCGGAGGCGGGAUAAAGGGGUUAUAGACCAAGGGCACAUCCAGUUGCCAAGGAACGAUCUUGACCCAAGAGUUCUAUCUAAUACUGGUUGGGGACAGACUCCUGUAAAGCAAAACACUGCCUGGGAAUUUGAAGAAUCCCCUAGGUCUGAGAGAAAAAAUGACAAUGGGACAGAGGCCUGGGGUUGUGCAGCUACUCAGCCUUCAAACUCAGGGGGGAAGAACGAUGGGUCCAUGAUGAACAGUACAAAUACCUCUUCAGUAUCGGGGUGGGUCAGCUCACCACCUGCUGCUGUGCCAGCAAACACAGGUUGGGGAGACAAUAAUAACAAAGCGCCCAGUGGCCCAGGGGUGUGGGGGGACUCAAUGAACUCUACUGCUGUUACUAAUGCUGCUGCCGCCAAGAGUGGCCAUGCUUGGAGUGGGACCGGAAAUCAGGAGGACAAGACACCUGCCUGGGGUGAGCCUCAGAAACCGAAAUCCCAAAACUGGGGAGAUGGACAAAGAUCGAAUCCAGCCUGGAGUGCAGGAGGGGGAGACUGGGCAGAUUCGUCGUCUGUCCUUGGACACCUAGGGGAUGGGAAAAAAAGUGGAUCUGGAUGGGAUGCUGAGAAUAACAGGUCAGGGUCUGGUUGGAAUGAUGCCACCAGGUCUGGGACCAGUGGCUGGGGCAAUGGCACAAAUGCAAAGGUGAAUCCAGGUACAAACUGGGGGGAGUCUCUCAAACCCAGUCCCCAGCAGAACUGGACACACAAGCCCCAAGACAGCAGCAUGAGUAACUGGGGAGGGGCUGCUUCUGUUAAGCAGACAGGGACAGGGUGGACUGGGGGGCCAGUGCCAGGCAAGCAGAAGGACAGUAGUGAGGCAACUGGCUGGGAAGAGCCCUCGCCACCGUCCAUCCGACGAAAAAUGGAAAUUGAUGAUGGUACCUCAGCUUGGGGGGACCCGAGCAACUACAACAAUAAGGCUGUAAACAUGUGGGACAGGAACAACCCGGUUAUCCAGAGCAGCACCACGACCACCCCCACCCCCACCACUCCCACCUCGAGCAGCACCACACACCCGGCCGAGACGCCGCCUCCGCACCAGGCCGCCACUCAGCUGAACCGGUCGCCAUUGCUUGGGCCAGUUUCAUCAGGCUGGGGAGAAAUGCCUAAUGUUCACUCAAAGGCUGAAAACUCAUGGGGAGAGCCAUCCUCCCCUUCUACCCUGGUCGAUAAUGGUACAGCUGCAUGGGGGAAGCCACCAAACAGUGGCAGCGGAUGGGGAGAUCACCCUGCUGAGCCACCGGUGACUUUUGGAAGAGUUGCUGCUCCCGCCACCACCCCAGCCCUUUGCAAACCAGCUUCCAAGUCUGUGCAGGAAGGCUGGGGCAGUGGAGGGGACGACGUGAGCCUGGGCGCCAGCCGGUGGGAGGAUGAGGAAGGGGACAUGUGGAGCAAUGCUGCCUCCCAGGAGAGUGCGUCUUCCUGUGGCUCCUGGGGCAACGCCCCCAGGAAAGGACUUCAGAAGGGCAUGAAGACACCUAGCAAGCAGGACGAAGCCUGGAUCAUGAGCCGGCUGACCAAACAACUCACGGACAUGGGCUUCCCGAGAGAGCCAGCCGAAGAGGCCUUGAAGAGUAACAGCAUGAACCUGGACCAGGCCAUGAGUGCUCUGCUGGAAAAGAAGGUGGACAUGGACAAGCGUGGACUGGGAGUGACUGACUACAAUGGAAUGGUCACCAAACCCCUAAGCUGCCGCCCACCAAUCUCCAAAGAGUCUUCCAUAGACCGCCCCACCUAUCUUGACAAGGAUGGCGGCCUUGUGGAAGAGCCCACGACUUCACCGUUUUUGCCUUCCCCAAGCCUGAAGCUCCCCCUUUCCAACAGUGCACUCCCCAAUCAGGCCCUGGGUGGGAUUGCCUCAGGGCUGGGCAUGCAAAACUUGAACUCUUCUAGACAGAUCCCAAGUGGCAAUCUGGGUGUGUUUGGCAAUAGCGGAGCAGCACAAGCCAGGACCAUGCAGCAGCCGCCAGUGCAGCCUCUUAACUCCUCCCAGCCCAGCCUCCGCGCUCAAGUGCCUCAGUUUCUAUCCCCUCAGGUUCAAGCACAGCUUUUGCAGUUUGCAGCAAAAAACAUUGGUCUCAACCCUGCACUAUUAACCUCGCCAAUUAAUCCUCAGCAUAUGACGAUGUUGAACCAGCUCUAUCAACUGCAGCUGGCAUACCAACGUUUACAGAUCCAGCAGCAGAUGUUACAGGCCCAGCGCAAUGUUUCCGGACCCAUGAGACAACAGGAGCAGCAAGUUGCGCGCACAAUCACUAAUCUGCAGCAGCAGAUCCAGCAGCACCAGCGCCAGCUGGCCCAGGCCCUGCUUGUGAAGCAGCCGCCACCACCACCACCCCCGCCGCACCUGUCUCUGCACCCUUCUGCAGGCAAAUCGGCCAUGGACAGCUUCCCCCCACACCCCCAGACUCCCGGCCUACCUGACCUGCAGACCAAAGAGCAGCAAUCUUCACCCAACACCUUUGCUCCUUACCCUCUCGCUGGACUAAAUCCAAACGUGAAUGUCAACAGCAUGGACAUGACCAGUGGCUUGCCUGUGAAGGACCCAUCUCAGUCCCAGUCACGCCUCCCCCAGUGGACACACCCAAACUCAAUAGAUAACCUGUCCAGCGCUGCUUCUCCCCUGGAUCAGAAUCCUAGCAAGCAUGGUGCUAUCCCUGGAGGUCUAAGCAUUGGGCCUCCAGGUAAGUCCUCCAUUGAAGACUCCUAUGGCCGGUACGAUUUAAUCCAAAACAGUGAGUCACCAGCCAGUCCUCCUGUAGCUGUUCCCCAUAGCUGGUCACGUGCCAAGUCUGACAGUGAUAAAAUCUCAAAUGGCUCCAGCAUCAACUGGCCCCCAGAAUUCCAUCCUGGAGUUCCAUGGAAAGGACUUCAGAACAUCGAUCCCGAGAAUGACCCUGACGUCACUCCUGGCAGUGUCCCUACGGGGCCUACCAUCAACACCACCAUCCAGGAUGUCAACCGCUACCUCCUCAAGAGUGGAGGUAAACUGUCAGACAUUAAAUCAACAUGGUCCUCUGGCCCAGUCUCCCACACGCAAGCCUCGCUGUCCCAUGAGCUGUGGAAGGUGCCCAGAAACACUACUGCACCCACCAGGCCCCCACCAGGGUUAGCCAAUCCCAAACCUUCCUCCACCUGGGGCGCCAGCCCCCUCGGCUGGACCAGCUCCUACUCUUCCGGUUCUGCUUGGAGUACUGACACCUCAGGAAGAACAAGCAGCUGGCUCGUUCUUCGCAACCUCACGCCCCAGAUCGAUGGUUCCACACUGCGGACGCUGUGCUUGCAGCAUGGGCCUCUCAUCACAUUCCACCUGAACCUGACGCAAGGCAAUGCCGUGGUCCGCUACAGCUCCAAGGAGGAAGCUGCCAAGGCCCAGAAGUCUCUGCACAUGUGUGUGCUGGGAAACACUACCAUCUUGGCGGAGUUCGCCAGCGAAGAAGAAGUGAACCGGUUCCUAGCCCAAGGCCAAGCCCUGCCGCCCACCUCCAGCUGGCAGUCCAGCAGUGGGAGCAGCCAGCCACGGCUGGGCACCUCGGGCAGCACCCACUGGAAUGCCCCGUGUCUUGGUGGCAAAGGGAGCAGCGAGCUGCUGUGGGGCGGAGUGCCCCAGUACUCUAGCAGCCUGUGGGGCCCACCCAGCACUGACGAUGGCAGGGUGAUUGGCAGCCCUACCCCACUGAACACGCUGCUGCCCGGGGACCUGCUUAGUGGGGAGUCCAUCUAGGCACCGCCGUCAUCAACGAGGAAGAGAGCUGACCUUUCCAGGCCCGGUGCUGUGGCCCUGCUGAAGGCCGAGCCACACUGCCCCUUCAAGUACCUCUGUCCAGUUCUGAAGAUGAACCGUGGCCGCGGCCCUUGUGAACUGUUCCUAGACAGUGCGGGCUGCGUUUGGUCAGUGUCACAUGCUAACGACAGGAUGUCCCUUGUAGCUCUUUAUUUUGUGUCGUCUUACGUUCGUAUGGAGUGUUGUCAUUUUGAGUUUUAAGUAUAAAAGCUGCUUAGAAUAGUUCUAUCAUGAAGGGCACUUUUCAGAUUGUGGGCUGGAAAGGGUUAUUUUGUCAUGGGGGGAGGGAGGGGGAUGCGAAGCCUAUUUAAAGUGAGCCUGUGACGGUUAUGCACAUUGCCAGAGGCGGCGGGGCAGGGGCAGGGAGGCUGGUGGUGGUGUGCAUCGAAGGCACAGAGCUGAGCGGGCGCCGUCUGCCAUCUGCUCUCUGUCCCCCCUGGAUCCGCCUAUGCACAUUACCCUUGUUUCAUUACUUUUUCAUGUCAUUUUUUUAUCCCAAAAAAUAUUUUUUAAAAGUUUAAAAAAAAAAAAAAAGACAUAUCAAACAUGCAAAUACUUGAAUCCAGCAGGCCAAUAAUGAAAUGUGAACACUUUCUAAUUCUACACUUCCAGGUUGACAUCAGUACACAGAAACAGGCUCUAGGAAAAAUUUCUAAGUUCAUAGCCUAUGUGUGCGAGCAUGGGUGUGUUGCGUGUGUGCGUGUGUGUGAGAAACUGUGCAUGUGUGUGCGUGCUCCUGCACGGUACGCGUUUCUGGUAUGCACGUUUGAGGUGUGUGAGGGAUUUAACCGUGGGUUCUCCCUUUUAUUCAGUGUAUGCUUUUCUUGGCGCAUUGGUCGAAACGUUUGUUGUUACUGUUAGCUUCUAACUUUGCACUGAGGCGUCCCUGCCCUUUCUUUAGCUAAUCCUAAACAUGAAGAGAAUUCACAGGACAGGGCCGGCGACAAUUCACGUGUAAAUGUUUACUCAAGGACUCUGAUAUUGCGUUUAAAUUACAGUGUAUAUCUCUGGAGAAGUAAUAUGUGUAUCUACCUUUAGCAGCUUUUUAUCAUGGACUAAUGCAAGAAAAUUAUUACCAGAGUAUUGCACCAUUUUCCAUUUGGAAUAUAAAGCUAGAACUGUUGCUGAACUGUGGCCAUAGAUACUGGUGGAGAGUGGGUGUUCCGCCCACCGAGCGGAAGCCAGCACUUGGAUGUGGUUGGGACUGCUUUUGGAGGAGCCCGUGGUUUGGGCUCCCACCUGUUUACAGACCUUUUUUUCUCCUUCAGACUUUUAAAAUUAAAAAAAAAAAAUUUAAAAAGGAAUUAAAAAAAAAAAAAAGAAAAAGACUUCUGUCCUAAAGAAACCUAUUUUCAGAAUGCAGAUGCGUUACUUCAGAGCUCUGGGAUUGGACAGUGCUGUCCCCCUGCGGCCAUCAUCGUGGACUCUGUUGAUUGUUCUCGUCCCUUUGUCAAGGUGACAAGGCGCUGUGGUCACUGUCUUGCACAUGCGGACACGCUCUCAGGAAAGCCAGGGCUCCCGAGGGCAGCUCCACACCAUUUCAUGUAUUUUUAAACCCAACUCCUAGCACUGAAGAUGUUAUUAAAAAAAAAGAAAGAAAGAAAGAAAAAUUUAAAAAAAUAAUAAAAGAAGAAAAGAGGAAAAAAAAACAGAAGAAAAAUACCUAAUCUCUAAUGUGUAGCAGUUACAUAUUUACCAAAUAAUGGACUCAAAAGAAAUAGAUGUUUGAAGAGUGCUUUAUAUAUUAAAAAUUGCUUUAUGUUUUAAAAAUGAUUGAUGUUUUGAUUGUUUUGCAAGGAAGAAAGACAAUGGAACAACAUACCCUCAAGUAUGUUUAAAAAUAACCGAACAUUGUGCUCCCUGCCUGCCUGAUCAGGAAACUUGUGCAUUACAUUUUUUUAAUUAGCUUUUUAAUGGUUUUAUCAAAACAAAACAAGAAAAGAAAAAAAAAAAAGAGUCCUGCAAGUUUGCAGAUCAACAAAAGCUGGUUUUAUAGAGGAUCAUGAGCUAUGCACAAACUGGGUUCAAGACUUUUUCUCAAGAGUAGUAGUGUGUUCAGCUGAGCAGACCCUCCUCAGCUCAGAGUGACUGCAUCUCACCAACCUUGCGUGCAUUCUGUGUUGACAGAUGCAUCCUGCACAUGCAGAUCAGAUGUGCAUGCAUGCACACCCAGACAUGCAGUUAGCUGUGCUGCCACUCAGCACUGAGUUACAGAAGAACUCCUGAUGUUUUAAAAUUCAGGAUGGAAGUAAAGGAUCUGUUUUGGUUCUGGGGUUUUGUUGAUUUGUUUGUUUUUUGGGU